ACCUCGGAAGAUAAACAAGGGGCCAGGGUAGCUGAGCAGAAUGAGCAGGGGAAAGCGCAGACAAGAAGCUGGGAAACCACAUGGGGUCCUGGAGGCUUUGUCGGGAACUUUGCUGACUGCAGGAAAGAGGGAGCUGCAGGAGGCCUCUUACUUAGUUUUAACAGCUUUAUUUAGACAGUGUACGAUUAGCAGACCUAUUAGUAAAUCUGCAGAGUCAUGGGGCGCGCCGCCAUCAUCGUUCAAGGAUUUCCCGGAGACCUUAGGAGUCACUCCCUGUCCACAUACUCCAGGCCACUGCGCAUGCGCCUUCCGUGUACCAGUGAGUGUGGAGCAAAGGACAGACAAGGCUUGUUUAGUAUCACUGGUGUAGCUUUUCUGUUCAAACAGAAUAAAAAUCCCAGCUCUCUUUUCAGAUUAGCCGAUGAUUAAAAUUCUCCGGGGCCACAUCAUCCUCCAGUUCAGAGCCCCCACUCCCUGUCCCGGAACCCAGUGUGAUCUGGCAGGCUCUCUGAGCCCUGGAAGCAACCAGGCUCUUGCUGGCACGCAAAGCCUGGCCAGUUGAAAGCUGAAGACUCGGAGACCUUACUGACUUGGGCCUCUGCCCUCUCUUGGCUGUGGUACAGCUGAAGUUCUCUGUGGGAGGCUGAUUCUGCAAUUUGGAUCCUGAGGGAAAAAAAUAACUGCAGGCUCUCAAGCUGCUCUUCUAGGCUGAAAGAAACAGAACACCUUUCUAUCUCCUAGGCUCAAGAACAAGGCAGGACACUCGACAUGAGGCUAUGGCUGAGAGGUCCGGACCUCCGGGCACCGAGGAGCUCCUGGGAAUUCUGCAGAGUCUACACACAGCUUUCACCUCUUCCUGCCCCUCAGAAGAUUCUGGCUGGCUGGGAAGCCAUCAGCCUGGGGAGGCAGCCGGUGCCUGAGUACUUCAACUUUGCCCAUGACGUGCUGGACAUGUGGGCUCAGCAGGAAAAGGCUGGGCACCGACCUUCAAGCCCUGCAUUCUGGUGGGUGGAUGGCAAAGGAGCAGAGGUCAAGUGGAGCUUUGACGAGCUGGGGAUGCAGUCCAGGAAGGCAGCCAACAUUCUAGAGAAAGUCUGCAGCCUGAAGCCUGGGGACAGAAUGAUGCUGGUGCUCCCACGACUCCCAGAGUGGUGGCUGGUCAGUGUGGCCUGCAUGCGCACAGGAGUUGUCAUGAUCCCAGGUGUCUCCCAGCUGACAGAGAAGGACCUCAAGUACCGGCUACAGGUGUCCAGGGCCAAGUCCAUUAUCACCAGUGACUCCCUAGCUCCACACGUGGAUGCCAUCAGUGCCGAAUGCCCCUCCCUACAGGCCAAGCUGUUGGUGUCAGAUGCCAGUCGCCCAGGCUGGAUGAACUUCAGGGAACUGCUGCAGGAGGCAUCUACAGAGCAUAGCUGCGUGAGGACUAAGAGUGGGGAUCCGAUGUCCAUCUACUUCACCAGUGGGACUACUGGAGCCCCCAAGAUGGUGGAGCACUCCCAGUGCAGCUAUGGACUAGGUUUUGUGGCCAGUGGAAGUCGGUGGAUGGGCCUGACUGGAUCAGAUAUCUUCUGGAACACAACUGACACUGGCUGGGUGAAGGCGGCCUGGAGUCUCUUCCCUACCUGGGCUAUUGGAUCUUGUCUUUUUGUGCAUGAGAUGCCCCGAGUUGAUACCAAAGUUAUCCUGAAUACCCUCUCCAGGUUCCCGAUAACCAACUUCUGCUGUGUGCCAACCAUCUUCCGGCUGCUUGUUCAGGAGGAUCUGACCAGGUACCAGUUUCGGAGCCUGAGGCACUGCUUGACAGGGGGAGAGGCCCUCAACCCUGACGUGCGAGAGAAAUGGAAGUGCCAUACGGGUCUGGAGCUCCAUGAAGGCUAUGGACAGUCUGAGACGGUUCCAAUCUGUGCCAACGCAAGAGGCACCAAGAUCAAGUCUGGCUCCAUGGGCCGAGCAUCCCCGCCUUACGACGUGCAGAUCGUGGAUGAUGAGGGCAACGUCCUGCCACCAGGAGAGGCGGGGAACAUUGCUGUGCGCAUCAGACCCACCCGGCCCUUCUGCUUCUUCCAUUGCUAUUUGGACAAUCCUGAGAAGACAGCAGCAUCCGAACAAGGGGACUUUUACAUCACAGGGGACCGGGGCCGCAUGGACACGGAUGGUUACUUUUGGUUCAUGGGAAGAAAUGAUGAUGUGAUCAACUCCUCAAGCUACCGCAUUGGACCCGUUGAAGUGGAGAGUGCCCUUGCUGAACAUCCUGCUGUCCUUGAGUGUGCUGUGGCCAGCAGCCCAGACCCCAUCCGGGGGGAGGUGGUGAAGGCUUUCAUAGUCCUCUCUCCGGCCUAUUCCUCCCACGACCCAGAGGCACUGACCCGGGAACUCCAGGAGCACGUGAAGAGGGUAACUGCUCCGUACAAGUACCCUAGGAAGGUGGCUUUUGUUUCAGAACUGCCAAAGACAGUUUCUGGAAAGAUCCAAAGAAGUAAACUGAGAAAGCAAGAAUGGG